GUAUGAACAUGAAAACAACUGAAACCGUGGUGGGUGCUUAAAACAAGUCAUCACACGGUCACACCCAUAACCCCGCCAAUUACGCAGCUUGUCUGCAUCCUCUUCAACCCCGCUUCACAUCACAGAGAGAGAGAGAGAGAUAUGGAGGAGCAUGAUGAGGAAUCGGCGGUGGGAUCGGAGGAGUAUUUGUUCAAGAUAGUGCUGAUUGGGGACUCAGCAGUGGGGAAGUCGAACCUCCUGUCCCGCUUCGCUCGCAACGAGUUCGAUACAAACACCAAGGCGACCAUCGGAGUGGAGUUCCAGACCCAGUUGGUGGAAAUCGACGGCAAACAAGUGAAGGCCCAGAUCUGGGACACUGCCGGCCAAGAGCGCUUCAGGGCCGUCACCUCCGCUUACUACAGAGGCGCCGUCGGUGCACUCCUUGUUUACGACAUUACUCGCCGGACUACCUUUGACAGCGUCACCCGCUGGCUCGAUGAACUCACCACUCAUUGUGACAGCACUAUGGCUAGAAUGUUGGUUGGAAACAAGUGUGAUUUGGAGGAUAUCAGAGAUGUUAGUGUAGAGGAGGGCAAAGGGCUUGCAGAAGCACAAGGAUUAUUCUUUAUGGAGACAUCUGCACUGGAUGCUACCAACGUUCAUGCUGCAUUUGAGGUUGUUAUCCGGGAGAUUUACAACAAUAUCAGCAGAAAAGUCCUCAAUUCUGAUUCUUAUAAGGCUGAAUUGUCGGCAAAUCGAGUAAGCCUGGUUAAUGGUGCAGGCUCAUCCAAGACAAGUUCUUUCAAUUUCUCUUGUUGUUCUAAAUGAUCUAAUUAAUAUUAUGUUAUUUCAGUUUUA